UCUUGUUAGGCGUCGUGAGGAGGAAAAUUUUAAGGAUAUUAAAUUUUAUUCAAUUUGUUAUAAAUGAACAUUUUUACAAAAGUAUUUAAAAGUGCAACGUUUAUCAGACAAGAAAAUGUCUAGUUUAUAUAUUUAUAUACAAUAAGUGCAAUAUAUUUGGCUUGAAACCGUCAACUUCAUCACGAAAUCGAUUUUUGUUUAUUUUCUUGUAAGAGCAAACAAAAGGCAUUUUCUAUCGAAACGGAAUAACCAUAGAAUAUUUAUUUUCACCAGUGCAUUGAGGUGUUUGUAUGUAAUACAAUUUGUAGAAAUUUAAUGAUUUUAACAUAUUAAUAUCAAAGAAAUCAAUUGAAAAUGGCUCAUUCAGUACAUGUUGAACGUAGUAUACAUGAAAUGUUAAAAGAUACACCGUCCAUGAAUGAAAGUGAUAACGCAGUACAUACAGGAACAGAAGCCUCCAGUAGCUGUACACCUUUCAAAGCUCCACCUACUACUUUACCGCUCAGAAAUCAUUCAGCACCAACAACACCCAUGUCACCUAAAAGUCCACAAAUUGGUUUAGAUUCGAAUCUAUUGAAAACUGGAGCAUCAAAAAUUGAUAGCAUAAAGAAUUGGAGUAUAUCCACAUACAAAUGUACGCGUCAGAUUAUGCUUGAAAAACUUGGCAAAUCUCAACGUACUGUGGACUCGGAAUUGGAAGCCCACAUUGAGCAAUUGCGUGAUACACAACGUAAAUAUUUAUCUAUAUUGCGAUUAGCACGGGCAUUUAGCUCGCAUUUUCAUCAUGUUGUGGUUACUCAGCACGCUUUGGCUGAUGCAUUUGCCGACUUGGCACAAAAAAAUCCUGAACUACAAAAAGAAUUUACUUGCAACUCGGAAACCCAACGAUCUCUGACAAAAAAUGGUGAACUUCUGUUGAAUGCUUUAAACUUCUUUAUAUCCUCUGUCAAUACACUGUGCAAUAAAACCAUCGAUGAUACUCUAUUAACAAUUAGACAAUAUGAGACCGCCAGAAUUGAAUUUGAUGCAUAUCGUAUGGAUUUGGAAAAUGCCAAACCAGAACUGCCUCAAUCACCAGUCGCAGAGGACAUUCAAAAACAAUAUUCGCAACACAAAGAACUUUAUGAAAAACUAAGGGCUGAUGUGGCAAUAAAAAUGCAAUUUUUAGAUGAAAAUCGAAUUAAAGUAAUGCAUAAGCAAUUAGUAUUACUUCACAAUGCCAUAGCUGCUUACUUUUCCGGUAAUGCCACAGCUCUAGAAACAACAUUGAAACAAUUUAAUAUAAAGCUUAAAUCUCCUAAUUCUGUAACAGGGUCUUGGCUGGAACAGUAGUAAUUCUAUUGUGUAUUUGCAUCACUAUAAAUAUUCCUUAAACAAAACCAAACAAAGUAUUUUUCUCUUGUCCACUUAUAUAUUCUUAUGGUUAUUUAACUAAAAAACAAAAAUAAAUCGUAUGUAUAUGUAUUUAACAUAAGAA